AAUCAACAAACACAAUCACCUUCUCCAUUUCCCUCAAAUUUGCCUCAAAAAAAGCAAAGAAAAAGGAAAUGGAGAUCUCAAAGCUUUCAACAACCCUUGUUGUGCUCAUGGCCUUAGCCAUGGCUCAUUCUUCAUUGGCCCAAAAUUUGCCCAAAGAUAUCGUUAUGGUCCACAACAAGGCCCGUGCUGAAGUUGGUGCCCCACUCCCACCACUAAAAUGGAACGAAACACUUGCAAAAUAUGCUCACGAUUAUUCCUCCACUAGAUUAGCUGAAUGUACAUUGGUACAUUCAGAUUCACCCUAUGGUGAAAAUCUUGCCAUGGGCUACGGUGAAUUUUCGGCCGUUGAAGCCGUUAACUUGUGGGUAGGAGAGAAACCUAACUACGAUUAUGCCACAAACUCUUGCAAGCAAGGGAUGUGCGGACAUUAUACUCAGGUGGUCUGGAAAAACACACUUCAAGUUGGAUGUGCAAGGUUGAAAUGCGAUAAUGGUGAAGCGUGGUUUGUGUCAUGCAACUAUUAUCCCCCUGGCAAUUACAUUGGCGAGAAACCUUAUUGAUUUAUAAUAAUUAAGAUGCAUGGUUUCAAAAUUACUUUUUAAUUACUUUCAUCUCAUGCAAGUAUAUAUGUAAGGUUCCAAAUCUCCACAUGUAAUAGGGCAAGUUGUCCUACUGUGAUCAUCAAUCCGUUUCGUGAAAAACAAAAUGGAAUAUUUUAAUUUUAAAGACUCAUGUUGGAUGAA